AUGUUCCCGCUCAAGAUGGUCUUGACCUUUCACGCAGUCCUGCUGUUUGUCAAAAAGUGGGACUGCAUGUUGGCCUCCAACAUGAUGGAUAUGUGGUUGAUGGAGCUGGCCCGCUUCAAGCAUUCGCAUAGGGAGAUCAAGCCGCUGGACGUGUUUAUCAUUGCUGCUAAAGCGGACAAGGUGCAUGCUGCCGAGCAUGUCGUCUUGCGGUACAAACGCGGACCGGUGACGAGACCGAUAGGCUGGCACUGGAGUAUACUACCGGAAGACAAAGACUUUGAGCCUUUAAACUUGGAAGUUUCUGCGUGGGAGGAUAUACCGGUGCCAUAUCUGGAAGGCUUGCAAGCUCCAUCCAGCGAGUAUGCCGAAAGAUCGAUCAAAGGCGUUCAAGGAUGGAGUCGAUGGGGCUAG